ACCAUCCAUCUCCCUCUAAAUGCAUACGCACACACCAUGCACCCCAUCAUAGCUUCUCGAACCAUUCCCCUUUCCACCUCCAACAAUCCCCUUUCCGUGCAUAUCCUCGAAGCCAACUACUCCCCCACCCGAAAUCAACCCCUUAUCAUCCUCCUCCACGGCUUCCCCGAGCUCGCCUACUCCUGGCGCAAGGUCAUACCUCCUCUCGCGGAGGCCGGCUACUACGUGGUCGCCCCGGACUCGCGCGGUUUUGGCCGUACCACUGGCCACGAUGACCGCUCCUACGAGAACGUGGACCUGUCAAGCUACUCUGUUACCACUUUAGUUCGCGAUGUCGUCCUACUGGUGAAUGCCCUGGGCUACCGAUCGGUUCACUGCGUUGUCGGCCACGAUGCCGGCGCUGUCACGGCAGCCAUGUGCGCUCUCAUCCGGCCGGAUUUCUUCCGGAGUGUAGUCCUGCUGAGUCAUCCGUUCAACGGAGCCCCGGAAGCACCGUUUAACACUGGGAAUGCACCAGCGCAGGAACAAGAUGUAUCUAAAGGAGGCGCCGAAUCCUCAGCAGGCGACGUACAUGGUGCCCUUGCGUCUCUCGGUCGCAAGCACUAUAAAUGGUACUAUUCCACUGCGCCUGCGAACAAGGAAAUGAGCAACCCCCCGCAGGGUCUCCAUGAGUUCUUGCGCGGCUAUUUCCAUCUCAAAAGCGGGACUUGGAAGGGUAACAAGCCGUUCCAGCUGCAUGAGUGGUCGGCGACCGAACUCGCGCAGCUACCGGGCUAUUACAUCAUGCCGCUCGAUAAGACGAUGCCGGAGACCGUAGCAGAUUUGAUGGCAACGGAGCCUAAGGAGCAUGCUCGGUUGUCGCAUGGCUGGUUACCCGAUGAGGAGCUGGCAGUUUAUGUGACUGAGUAUGAGCGGACGGGGUUCCAGGGAGGUCUGAAUUGGUAUCGCGUGCGGACAGCUAAGGGCGGGAAGUAUACAGCGGACUAUGAGGUAUUUUCCGGGAAGAAGAUUGAAAUUCCAUGUGCGUUUGUAUCGGGAAAGUUGGACUGGGGGAUCUAUCAGGAGCCUGGGGCAUUGGAGAGAAUGCGUGAUGGGACAGUGUGUACCGAUUUCCAGGCGUUGAGAUUGAUUGAUGGUGUUGGACAUUGGGCGCCGCAGGAAAGCCCUGAGGUGGUAGUAGAUGUUGUUCUUGAAUUGGCGAGGGGGCUGGAUGUAUGAUCAGUGGUUCUAUCUUUUUAUCGAUACAUACAGUGUCAGGCCGUUGCAAACUUGCAAUAUAUAUUUUCAAACUCAACACACAUGCAAAUGCUGUUCAAUUACAUCCAACGGCUCCGUUAUCAUCCAUAACUAUUCAUACAGGC